AUGUUCGUUCCCAAGGCCGGUGGUCGCAGCACUCGACGACGCCCACGUACAAGCUCAGAUGACUCCGUCAACCCCCCGAAGGCGAAGAGACAGCGCUCUGUCUUGCGCCGUCCAGACGAAUCCCCUUCCGAUACACAACUAGGACGCGAGAUCGCAAAAUUGACGACACCCACCCAAGCAAAUGGUGAAACCCCUAAGGACUCGACCACUGAUGCUCAUCCAGCAUCCCGGACCGCAAAGCAAGGGGAUAUGCUCGGAAACAGCGAAGGCACGGUCGUUCUGUCAAGCACCGAUUUCUACACCGUGGACCAGCUACCUGGAUUGCCAGAUCAAAUUCGCGGACCGCAAUCAGAACCCCUCAGGUGUUUCUUUGGGUCUGGUCAUGACCACGCCCUCGCUCUAACUCGCUCACAUGCCAUCGUGUGGCCGUACUCUGCGCCCACCUCGUCUCCGUCUCCUUCGCAGACCUUCACAGUCUCAAUCCCAGAGUCAUGCCGAGACCCGAAAGGUGCAAUUCCCCUCGGAGUUCUACUUUCCACAGCCACGGGAGAACAGCCCGGGCUCCUUGUGAUCAUUCCAUCGACAGGCAAAGUGAUCUACUGGGAAACGGUCUCUAGCGCGGCGUCGCUUGGAUUAUCCCGACAGAAGCAGAAUGGUAUUCAAGGAUCUACGCCCGGUAUGCUCUCAGGUGAAUAUGCCACAGAGGUCCUGAACGGGGAGCCUUCUGGUGUCAUCGCAACAUUCUCUUCCGGGCGAGUGGCACAUAUCACUCUCAGGGAUCCACAGGGAAAGCCGACGGUGCUUGUCAGCUUCCUUCGCAGCAACGCGGGCAACGGAGGUGGUGGGUUGUUCGGAAACCUUAAGAACGUCCUGGGUGGUGGUUACUGGAGAAAAGAGGUCACUGCCGUUCGAGCCGGAGGUUCCCACCAGCGCGGUCAACGUGAUGUGGUCAUUGCAACUUCGACUGGCCUCUUGGAAAUUUGGGACACACACUGGAACCACGGCAACACUCUCAAGAAACGGUUCGAUGCGAAGGAGGAAAUCCUGGCUGCUCUUCCUCAGGCCCACAAGAAACCCGCCAAUGCCGUUGAAGAUCUUCAGGUAGUGGACUUUGCUUUCUCUGCAAUGCAGUCUGCAGGCGAUCUUUCUCACCCCUCCGAUGGGUCUUGGCGCCUAUUUUUGGUAGUAAGAUCACCCCAAUGGUCUGAAUCCAGGGCUUUGUUUGUCAUUCAGGUCCACUUGUCAGGCACAUCCGGUUGCCGUGUGGUGUCCACUCAUCCCGUGGACCUUCAUCACAUCUCCGCCAGCGUACUCGACGAUUCGAAGCCCAAGAUAUUUGUGCCAAAACCAGAAGAAACAGCUUUUAUCCUCAUCGGUCAAUCUCUUAUCAUCUUAUCAUUGGCAGUGACGACUGAAGAAACCCCGUCUUCCCAAUUGCUCUCAGAUUCCAACAAAUUACCUCUGCCUUUCCAGGAUACCAUUCACCUCCGAUCUGGCAAAGACCACGAAAUACUGGGUUCCACCUCAGAGGAUCAGUCUAACGAUUCAACGAACCCAGCAUGUGUGCUCAUGCUCCGGAACUUCGGGGUCAUCCGUGUCACAGUACUCCCUCGCCCUGAAAACGCAAGCGACGAGGCCGAUGAGCCUCAGGUUACGGCCAAGCAUAAGCUCGAGCAAGCUGUGUUCUUUGGUACUAUGGCGAGGAAUCCAUUGAAUCUCUCUGGUCCGAGUGAUUUGAACUUCCCCCCAUCUGAAAUGGAGCAGGCCUCGUUGGAAAUCUGCAGCGAAUUACUCCGAUCCUCGUCUAGGUUCAUUCCAACUACUGCCAUAUCCUUGGAUCAGAAUCUUCGAUUGAGAGCCAAAGCACUGGAUGACCUCGCAUCGCUAUUGUUACAACAUGGUAACCCUCUCAGUCGACCAGCAAGAUGGGAACUACUCUGGGCCGCCGAGAAAAUUGCUGCCCAGAGGAAUAUGUGGAAAGUCCAGGAGACAUUCAAAGUCAAACCUGACGCUGAAGAGCCUUUCCUGAAUCUUGUCAUCGGUGCCAUGAAUGACAAGUUCAAGACUCCGGUCAACUCGCUCCAGGGGGAGUCAGAUCCUGUACGCCAGUGGUUUUUACGAGAUUCAUACCGCAUGGAGCAUGUCAUUCCAUGGAUCAAGAAUGCGAUCAAGCGCCGUCGGGGCAGUGCUUCAAUCAAUGCGCGCGCCUUUUCAGAUCAAAUUUUAGAAGCCAGUGAGCUGUUCCUUGCCGUCACGGAAACUGCUUUCCGGUAUCGCGAUGAGCACGUUGUGCCGUAUGGCCUCAGUGAAGACUUCUUGGAGGAUGGAGUUCUUUCCGAUGGAUAUGGAGACCUUCCUGAGUUCUGGACCUCGCGAGGUGUUGGUUAUUCUGAAGCAGGACAUUUGCUUGAUCUAGAACUCGACAGCUGUCGUUCAUGGCAAGCCUCAGCAUCCGCUGCCGAUGUUCCAGACGCACAAGUACUCAAUCAGGUCGCACGGAACAGCUACCGGCACCUUCGUGUACUCGGUCACAUGCAUCGUGAGCGCACUCGCUGGCUUUCAGCACAGGGGGAUCCCAAGCUCAUGGAUGAGAGUGUCUCGAUUGAACAAUCCCAUGUUGUAGACCGCAAAUGGAAACUCUUCAAGUUGGCUGGUAUUGGCCAUCUUCAUGAUGCCAUUAGUCUGGCCGAAGGCUUCCGAGACAUGGGCGCACUCGUCGAGUUGAUUGUUGAGCUCAACGACCAAGAAGCGAGCCCCACCUCGGAUGCACCUACGUCCCAGGCGGAGAUCGAGGCCUCCCAGCUGGUUUCAAAGUACUUCGACAAAUUCGGCGAUAUAUGGGCGGAUGCAUACUUCUCUCAGCAAAUAGCCAUGGGCUACCCCGGAUCGUUGUUGGAUGGAAAGUACCAAUCAGCCGUGACCCAAUUCCUUCGGAGGAACCCUGCAUAUUCUCGACUUAGCUGGAUUAAUGACGUGACCGGGGAAGACGACUGCGACACGGCCGCAAAUUCGUUGGAAAAUCUGGCCCUGGACGCCGAGAAGGACCUUUGGAGAAAAAAGCAGUCACCUGCUCGAAUUACCAGUCUGCAGGAGGAUGUGAAACGUCUCGAGGAUUACGUUGAAGUGGAUUUGAUUCAAGAUGCCCUCUACGCGCACCUUCAACACACUUGGCAGGGUGCAAUCGAUACAAACGCCGAGGCCGAACUAGCGCUCGAAUUCUAUGGCCAACAUAUUUUCGAGGAUCGUCCAUCGCUCCAUGAACUCCUGGGUGAGGCAAUUUCCACUUUGGUCAACCGACAAGUUGUUGGUGCGGACGGUCUGGUCGAUCUUCUCACAUUGAUGGGACCUACCGAAAUCACUGGUGACAGAGGAAAUGAGCUGGUCAAGAGUGAGUCGCACCUUGCAUUGCAAGUGCUCGACUACGGUCGUUAUGGCCAGCGAGACCCUGCAUACCAGAUGGCUUUGCAGCGAUUGAUCUGGCGACGAUGUUUGAUCAAGGAUGAUUGGGUGGCUCGGGGUAAAGCUGCCGAAAAGCCCAACGGCAACUCAGACAGCUACAUCGGUGGCACCGCUCUCUACCAAACACUUCUCACAUGCCUAGAAGAACCAAGAGCUAGCGGUCGAUCUAUCUACAUGCCACUUUCUCCCGUGGAGUCUCUUAUGGCAGAUUCGGAUUCGGAGAUUCUUCUGUCACGGUUCAACUCCGAGCAGAAGUCCCGAGUGGCCGUCGAUCUUCAGGUGGAGAAUAAUAUCCUGCGCCGUUACAUUGAGGUCGGAAAGCUUGACUUCUGGUUCCAAAACCUGCGCGAGACUGCCGAGGCUCAGUCAUCGGUUCCAAAUGGACAACUCGCCGGCAACGGGUCCACUGAGACCUGA